CGAAGAAGCAGACCAGACAAACUCACAGAGUAUAGCCACCGAGCUCUGAAGCUCAUAGCUUCAAAAAGUGCAUUAGAGUUCCAAACUGCCUCUGGAAGUAACAUCAGCACAAGACUGUGCGCUGGGAGCUUCAUGAAAUGGGUUGCCAUGCCAUCUUAGGCUUGUGGUCAUGGCAGCUGCACAAAAGCCUAAAAUCACUAUGCACAGUGCCAAACAUUGACUGGAGUGGUUUAAACCAUACCGCCCUUGGACUCCGGAGCAGUGGAAAUGUUCCCUGGAAUGAUUAAUCAUACAUCUCUGUCUGGAAAUCUGAGUGUGACAGGCGCCAGGAGAACACUACUGGAAUGCACAGAGCCAACAUUAAACUAUGGCGGACGAGGGAUAAUGGCGUUUCUCAGGGGUUUUGCUCGGCCCUUAGUUCCAGUGAAGGAACUGACAAGUUUGUUGUGGAGGAACUCCAGGUGCCUGCACAAAAUCCUCAUCUAAAACCCCAUCCAGUCACUUCGAGAUGAAUUGGAAUGCUGUCGGACCAGGACAGCGUGCCAUCAUUUGACGGAGCUAUGAAUUCUGGAUUGUAUCAACCUACAAUUUUAGGACAUCUAUACAUGAACUGAAUCUCAACAGCAGGUGGGUCCUGCAGAAAGACAACAACCUUAGUCAAAGUCCAGACCAUAAUACAAUAGAAAUGUUAAGACAGAAACUAAGGUGUGGCAUUCAUGCAAGAAAGUACGCCAACAUAACAGAGUUGAAGCAGUUCUGUAAACAGGAAUGGGCCCAGAUUCAUUUCAAUGUGCAGAGAUGAUUGAUGGUUUUAGGAAUCAUUUGGUUAAAGUCACUAUUGCUCGAAGGGGUCAAAUCAGUUUCCAGAGGUUCACAUAUUUUUGCCGACAAUUAGCUUACUAGUGCAAAAAUGAAUUAAGUAACAAUAUAAUUUUUGUGUUAUUUGUUUAAUUCCAUUUAUAUAUUGUUAGUUGAAUGAAGAUCUGACCUUACUUUUACUUGUCUUAACUUUUUGAAAAAUAAAAAUAAGAUAAAAAAGUCUCAAGAGGUCAAGAUAAAGUGUAUGUAUAGACUCCAAAAGGGACAACUUGCAAUCGUACAUUUUUACAAUAAUAAUUAUAUUGCACAGAGUGUAGACGGUAUAUGUAAUAUUUUCUUUAUAAAACAGAGUCUUAUCAAAGUUUUAUUAAAUGUCUUUUUUUAGGAGAGUAAUACAGCACUCAUGCAAAUGGUUAACCACAGUAACACUGAAAAUUAAACUGCGCAGACAAAACAUGACCUUUGUCUUUUUCCAUCCAUUUCCCUCCAUCAUUUUUUCCAGUUGUACUAUGCAUGAGUAUAAUGUCAUUAAUGAGAUUAUGUUCUCGGAACGUUUGGCCAAAGCACUACAGCGUGUGGGUACAAAAGCGUCUGGGCACCUUUGGAAUGACGUAGUCAGUCUGCUGGCACAGAGUUGAAGAUGAGGUGGAGAUUACCCGACAUGGAUUUGUGUCUCUUACCAUAGAGACACGUCAGGGAGGUCAAACUUCAGUCUGUUCUUAAUAAGCCCUGAUCUAGAGAACCUCAAAUUCAGAUGCCAGCUGCUCCAGCACGGGAACUUCUGCAGUUGUUGUUCUUGCCUGUCAUUGCUCUUCAGCCUUACAGAGAUUUAACUGACACCAUGUGUAAAAGGAAAUACCUGCUGGCUGCAGCCCGCCUGGUGAUGCCUGCUACUGGCUUAAGUCUCAUCUGUGUGGGUGCCUACAUAAAAUCCAUCGACAAUGAAGAGGUGAAGACACUAAUAGAUGUCUUCACUUACAUUCUCAUCAUCUUGGGCCUCAUUUUCCUUGUUUUCGGAUUGCUGUGGUCUGUUGGCCAUGGAAUGAAGAAUGCGCUGGUCAAGUGGUCGGGGAGGAGGACCCAAAACAAUGAUGUCCAUGUUUUUACUGUAGACAGGCCAUGCACCUUUCCUCCAUCAUAUGAAGAAUCCGAGGUCAGAAAUAACGCUGAAGAGGGGACUGUUCGGCGAUGGCUGGGCUUAGCCCCUCCAGUGUACACUGAGAGCAGCUUAGAGAUUUGCACUGAAAAUUUCAGCUAUGAAGAACCACCUACAUACCAGCAAGCUGUUCUCCAUAGCCCAGCUGCUCCACAAACCACCUGUCUACCAACAAACAGCUCUGCAGAGCCACUGUGAGACGUUGCUCUCUCUGGACUGGAUUGAGAGAGAAGCACACCAAGUGAGUGAAGAAGAUGCUUCACACCUCGCUGCCUUAGGAGUGAUGCGAUUCAGAAAAGUCAUCCUGUUCUGGGAUGAUGACUGAAAAGUAUGAGAUAUUUUAACAGUCUGUGAGGAGAGACUGGAGAAAAUGCAGACUGUGUGAUGCAGUGAAUGUGGGCAAGAAAGUGGUAGCACUGCUUCUGAACAACCAUGAAAAUAAGACCCACUGCUGAUGAGAAAAAGACUGGACGCUGUCAUAGUCAGUAGUUGUAUUGAGGGUCCAGAAGAGGAUAGUUUUUGUCUAGGAACAUGAUGUGAUCAGUCUGUGUAAUUGCUCUAGGCCUGGUUUUCAAAGCAUCAAAGCACAAUGGUGGUAGGGUUAUUUGGAGUGCUAUGGAACAGGGGUGUCCAAGGUCCGGCUCCCGGGCAAAAACAUGCCCUGCGGACAGAUUGUAUUUGGCCUGUGGCUUCUCUCUUACAAUGUAUUACAGGUGGCCUGCCAGGCAGUGUGCUUCAGUUCAGGGUGGUAUCAGAGCCGCAAAACUUACAGUGUGUUGCACCACACUGCGUUAAAAAAGUUAGCUAAAUGUAAGAGCUUCCAGACUAGACCUACAAUUUAAUAUACUUCAUAAUGUUUAGUCAUGAUGAAGGCCAAAAAGCACAAAGGUGACAAUGAGAAUUUCAAGAGAAGUGGAACUCAGAACACCUUUUCAUCAGAAGCCACAGCAUUGUGUGCCUCAUAUGGCAACCAUAAGGAAUUUAAUACCAAAGAGAUUCUGAAAUAAAAUAUAUAUUUUACAAUGAAUACUCGACGUUUGUUAUCAGUUCAAUAAAUGUUUGUUCUAUGUGUUUUCCUUAUAAUGAAUGCUUGUUUUUUUAUAUUUUAUAAAUAAUAAUUUGAGACAGUAGUGUACAGUGUACAACAAGUACGGUAGUAUGCAAAAGUUGGAAUACACCUGAACAGAUUAUAUUUUAUUUAUUCAUUUAUUUUAAUCGAAAAUAAUUUAACACAUCCUCUACAGGUCACAUACAUAAAUGUCUCAUUUCCUGUAAACUAUAGUUCACAAUUUCUAUCUGUUUCAAAAAAAUAAAUAUAACUAACAUUAACUUUUGCACAUUUAAUAUUUUACAUGAUUCCUCUAUUACAUUGAAUUAAUCCAAUAUGGCCUCCUUUAAUAAUGUUUGGACACCCCUGCCAUAGAAGAAGUACUUUUGAUUCCUUGACUUCCUAAACAAGAUGUGAAUGUAAAAAUUAUGUACAUAAUGUAAAGAUUUAAAUUAAUUAUCCUUUUAUCCAACAGCCAUUUAGGAACCUUCAUUUUUAAGGUUGUAAAGUAUCAGUUUGAACAGUGAAACAAUGAUUACUAAUUUAUGAUCUGUACAUAUAUGAAAAAUGUUUGAAGCUGAACUGGUCAAACCGAACAGCUGAAACAGACAUAAAAGUGUACCCAAACUUUACUGAUAGGUCAAGCUAGCAUGUUUUAUAUGUUGGUAUUAAUAAAGAAUUACAAUAAGA